GGGGAAGGAAAGGUUUAAAUGUCUCUGGCAUUGGACAUCCUUAGGAAGACUGUAGGGGGAGCAGCUUCGACACUAAAAUACUCAGUGCCUGUAGUCACUGCGCGAGCAAGAACAGGGCCAGACCUUGCUCCGCGGUCAUCAAACUCCAUGGGGCGCUUUUCCCACCCUCCUUCAUCGCUGAAGGCACCAUGGAGGGAAGGGCCUGGAGACCAAAUUAUGAGACUAACCACUAGGCUGUCGUUUGGGUAAGUUAGCACCUAGUCCUUCCCGUACUGACCCCGAAGCAACUUCCCUCAAACUGAAGGAUGCCUUAUUUCCUUCUCAGUCUCCUGCCCCCCUCCCUCCUUCCCGCCCUCCCUCGUUCUACACCGGUCUAGACCACCUGAGCUGGGCAGAGCUCUAGGAUGCUGUCCAAUGACCUUGUGUCUCUUUUUCCCCUUGAGUGUGGGUGGAGCCCAUGAAAUUGAUGGGAGAGUCACUCCUGCGAUUAGAUUAUGUUUCGGGCCACAGGAGACUUUAAGAAAGGGAGAUUACCUUGGGUGAGCCUGGCCUAAUCAGGUGAUCCCUAAAGGGGACUGGGCUCCUCCUGAAGACAGUGCUCUGCAUGGGGGAGAUUUGAAGCUGGAGUGGGCCUGGGAGGAGACCACAUGACAAGCUGCUGAGAGUGGACCCUGGUUAACAGCCAGCAGAGGAUGGGGGUGGAGGAGGGGGUCCAGUCCGACCACUGCAAGGAACUGAAUUCUGCCAACCGCUGUGUGAGCUGGAAAGAGGAUCCCAAGUUCCCGAAAAAUGAGGCCCAGCCAACAUCUUGACUUCAGCCUCGUGAAGCACUAAGCAGAGAAUCCACUUUAGUGGUGCCCAGAUUUCUGACCUACAGGAAUUCUGAGGUCAUACAUUUGUGCUAACUUGUUACAUAGCAAUAGAAAAAUGAAGGUACCACUCUUGCCCAACUUGGAGGAAGUUUAUUUUUCCUUCCUUAAACAGCUAAAUGGCCACAGAGCCAACAGUCUUGAAGGUCUGAGGUCACAGUCAUCGUAGAUCCAGAGUUUUGACGCAGAAGGAUGAAACAGGUGAGCCGACCACUGGUCGCACAUCUUCGAUCUCCAGUGGCUCCGUUUUGAAGUCGUGGGGAAAACAGCAGGGACUUCAGGCAGCAUGAAGAGAGGUGAGGUAGCCUGGAAAAUGGAGGAGAAAAUAUAUUCUAUUCUGUGAGCUGGAGGAUUAUGUUAAAUUCAGAGCUCAAAUCUUUAGGAGGGAGGGAGACAAAUCAAAAUGCCCUGGGAGCUGGCAACAGGUGGGUUAAGGAACCAAAAUCCAUGUGCUGUUAAAGAUGGUGGUAGGAAAUGAGGAUGUUUUCCUCGGGGAAGAAUCAACUCAGUGGGGCCCCGACCAUGAUCUUUCAGGUUAGCGAACUUGGGACACAAGAGAUCUGCUUGCUCUCUGAGCUGGAUGGAACGCCCUGGGGGAUAGCAAGCUCCCGUCCAACGGGUGUCCUUCUGUAGGCUGGACAACAGCUUUCCGAGACAGAGAGAGAGUUUAGGUUUAUGUUAUGAGACUGUGGUUUAGUUACAUCAGGACUACCUAGAGAACUCCGAAAUGCAGAUUCACUGGGUCUGGGAUGGACCCUGGGAAUCUAUUUUUCUUUGGAAAAAUCUUAACUGAUCUCUACCGAUAGUUUGGGGGUAACUGAAGGAAGGAUAAAACAGAGAAAAGCCCAUAAAUGCAGGUAGGUGAGGAUUCUGCUCAGAGCCUGCAGAUCCUGGCUGGCCUCAGGGUCCGGGAUGGGCAUCUGUCUUCCCUCCCCUCGCUUGCCCUGCCUGUCAGAGGCCUGUUCUCCCCCCUCCCCAGAAGGGCCCAAACACGUCCUUGUCUUGGUCUCCCACACCUGGGAAAGCUUUGCCUUAGCUUCGUUUAAAAUAGUCCCCAAAGCAGCUCCUGAGACAAGAACUUGGAAGCGAGUAGUUUAUUUGGGCGGUGGCCCCAGGAAAUAUAAUGAGAGGGGAAGUGAGACCGGGAGGGGAUACAAGCCAGUGAGAGAUGCAUUGAUAAACGGGUUGCUUCCUGCCGGGAACCCUCCGAGGAACCGCAUGGAGCCCAUGCCAGAAUUGUCCAUUGGGGAACGGGGAAGCUAUGUGUCCCCGGCUCCUCUCCCUCACUGGCUGAGGGCUGCCCCGGGGAUAUGCACUUCCCAGGUUGUCCGCAGCAGCUGGAGGUGCACACGCAGGUGGGCUGAGGGGUGUGGGACAGGUACCAACUGGCUCUGCCAUGGUUCCCAGUGCUAAACCUAAGCCUCCCCUCCAAACGCUCAUUCCUCUGCCAGCGUGCUGGACAGUGGGAGCCAUUCCCCAUGGAAAGCUCCACAGCUGCCCCUAGGGGUGGGGGCGGACCCUCUGGCCCCAAGAAGGCACCAACAUGGGGGGGACUCUAUUUUUGACAGGCGUCUCCUAGUGAGUCUGGCAGUGGCCAGGCUGGAUCCACUGCUCUAGAUGACCUCUGGGUUUCCUUCAGAGCCCGAGAGUCAAGGUUUUAGGUUUCCCCCAUAGCAAAACGAGUUGCCAUUUAUUGAGCACAGACUGGGAUAAUGUGCUAGUGCAAAAGGCAGAGGCUCCACCUGGGAGGCCCCCAUGAGCUCAUGGGGCAAGAGCCAUGAACACCAGUCAGUAGAACCUGAAGUGGAAUUUGCUGCAGUGAAGGAAAAAUUAUGCUUUCCUCAGUGCCACAGAAAAGAGGGGUCAGAGUUGGGGAGACAGAGAGGGGAUGGGAGGGAGACUGGAAUGGCCUGGAAAAGGUGGCAAGAAACGGAUUGUGAGAAGGCUUGAAUGCCCAGUUGAAUCUGAAUUUUCAUCUAGAAGUGAGGUAGGGCCAACAGAAGCUUUUUUUUUUUUUUUUCCCCCCACUUGGGAAGGGUGACACUAAAUACCCAUGUCCAACCCCUGGGCUUCUAGGCAGAGUCAGGUGAUGUGUACUCCUUAUUGGAGGGCAUGAAGAGGGACGCUUGCUGUCUCUGUCAUGUUCAUGUGGCCAGAGACAAAGGACUUGGAAAUGGUGGGCUAGUCAGACGGAGGUGGCUUUGGGAAGAGCCUGCGCAGGGGGCCCCAUGUCUAGCACUGGGCUGUGUCAUGAGAGAGAAACAUACCCUUGUGCUAAGCCACUGCCAUCCAAGGGCUUACUUGUUACCGCAGCUUAGCCUGUUCUCUUCCGACCGAUACAAGAAGGCAAGGCGGAAACAAGAAACGUGGAUGCGGCGUUCAUCCACGUCAUUCUCGACCAUCCUGUGAUGUGGGCGCUGAGGUCCCAACUUUGCAGACCUGAAGCAGAAGAGAGAACGGAUUCCUCAAAGUCUGGCAUGCAUGCCACUGGCAGAACACGAGGGCAGCUCUGCCGGACCCGGCCCACGGACCUGGUGUUUGUGGUGGACAGCUCGCGCAGCGUGCGGCCUGUGGAGUUCGAGAAGGUGAAGGUGUUCUUGUCCCAGGUCAUUGAGUCGCUGGAUGUGGGGCCCAAUGCCACCCGGGUGGGCGUGGUCAACUAUGCCAGCGCCGUGAAGCAGGAGUUCCCACUGCGGGCCCACGGCUCCAAGGCCUCGCUGCUCCGGGCCGUGCGCCGCAUCCAGCCGCUGUCCACGGGGACCAUGACCGGCCUGGCCAUCCAGUUCGCCAUCACCAAAGCCUUCAGCGACACCGAGGGGAGUGGUGCCAGGUCCCCCGACAUCAGCAAGGUGGCCAUCGUGGUGACGGACGGGAGGCCCCAGGACAGCGUGCGGGACGUGUCUGCACAGGCCCAGGCCAGAGGCAUCGAGCUGUUCGCCAUCGGCGUGGGCCGCGUGGACAAGGCCACGCUGCGGCAGAUCGCCAGUGAGCCGCAGGAAGAGCACGUCGACUACGUGGAGAGCUACAGCGUCAUCGAGAAGCUGUCCAGGAAGUUCCAGGAGGCCUUCUGCGUGGUGUCAGACCUGUGUGCCACAGGAGACCAUGACUGUGAGCAGGUGUGCCUCAGCUCCCCGGGCUCCUACACCUGCGCCUGUCGGGAGGGCUUCACCUUGAACAGUGAUGGCAAGACCUGCAAUGCCUGCAGCAGCAGCAGUGGCAGUUCGGCCACUGACUUGGUCUUCCUCAUUGAUGGAUCCAAAAGUGUGCGGCCGGAGAACUUUGAGCUGGUGAAGAAGUUCAUCAAUCAGAUCGUGGACACGCUGGACGUGUCCGACAAGCUGGCACAGGUGGGGCUAGUGCAGUACUCGAGCUCUGUGCGCCAGGAGUUCCCGUUGGGCCGCUUCCACACGAAGAAGGACAUUAAGGCGGCUGUGCGGAACAUGUCAUAUAUGGAGAAGGGCACCAUGACCGGGGCUGCCCUCAAGUACCUCGUUGACAAUUCCUUCACUGUGUCCAGUGGGGCUAGGCCUGGGGCCCAGAAGGUGGGCAUUGUCUUCACUGAUGGCCGGAGCCAGGACUACAUUAACGAUGCCGCCAAGAAAGCCAAGGAACUUGGCUUUAAGAUGUUUGCUGUGGGUGUGGGCAAUGCCGUGGAGGAUGAGCUGAGGGAAAUCGCCUCAGAGCCCGUGGCAGAGCAUUACUUCUACACGGCUGACUUCAAGACCAUCAACCAGAUUGGCAAGAGGUUGCAGAAGAAGAUCUGUGUGGAGGAAGACCCGUGUGCCUGCGAGUCCAUUGUGAAAUUCCAGACCAAAGUAGAGAGGCUGCUGCAGGCCUUGACCAGGAAGCUGGAAGCUGUGAGUAAGCGGCUGGCCGUCCUGGAGAACAGAGUCGUCUGAGGCUGCCUGUCCCCGCCACGGCCUCUCUGUCUCCCCACCGCAAGCACAGCCCUCCAAGUCCUGCGUGUGUCCCCUAGAGCCCCAAGUGUAGUCUGGCUUUGCCAUUUCAGUGAGGGGGGGAGGGGCAGGCCCUGAGGGCACCAGGUCUCCCCCACCAUCUUGCCAGCCCUACUGGGUGCGUGUGUGAGUGUGCUAGGCGCUUUGCAGUGUCUGGGAGCGCGAGUGUGUGUGUGCGUUCGUGGGCAUGUGCACGUGUGUUAGGAGCGUGGCAGUGUUUGGGAGCAUGCAUGUGCGUGUGUGCAUGCCUGAGGGCGGGCGUGUAUCUGGAGCAGGGAUGCGUGUGUGUGAGUGAGAACACAGGGGUGAGUGUGAGAGGGACUGCGUUUGCAUUUUUUCAACUGAAAGCUUAAUAUAUUCCCAUUUUUUUUUUAGUUAACCCUUUCUUGACUGCGAGUGCUGUGAAUCUCUUUCCUGAUUUUUCUAUUCCCUUCUGAAAAACAAUUAAAUAUGAUUUAACU